AUGGACGCAGAGGAAAACCCAGAAAGAACCUUGGACCUGGUAGUGAACGUGAAGUGUCCCUCCUCUGAAGGCGAAGAUCCCGUGGUUUUGUGGAAAUUCCCAGCGAACUUUGGAGACCAGGAGGUGCUGAGGAGCGUGCCCCGGUUCUGCUUCCCCUUCGUCGUGGAGCGGGCGUCUCAGAACCAGGUGGGCCAGCACUUCGCCUUCGUGCUGACGGACAUCCAGAGCAAGCAGCGGUUCGGGUUCUGCAGACUCACCUCGGGCGGCCGCACCUGCUUGUGCAUCCUCAGCUACCUGCCAUGGUUUGAAGUCUACUACAAGCUUCUCAACACGCUGGCCGACUACUUGGCGAAGGAACAGGAACACGAUUUGAACGCCACGCUCACAGCGCUGUACAACCACCCAGUCCCCAAGGCGAACAGCCCGGUCCACCUGAGUGUGCACUCCUGCUUCGUCGCCCCCGACCUCUCCGGGCUGCCCACCAUCCCCGAGAGCCGGAACCUCACCGAGUACUUCGUGGCCGUGGACGUGGGCAACAUGCUGCAGCUGUACGCCAGCAUGCUGCACGAGCGCCGCAUCCUCAUCGCCUCCAGCAAGCUCAGCACCCUGACCGCCUGUGUGCACGGCUCGGCUGCUCUGCUGUACCCCAUGUUCUGGCAGCACAUCUACAUCCCCGUGCUGCCACCCCACCUGCUGGACUACUGCUGUGCUCCGAUGCCCUACCUGAUCGGAGUUCACUCCAGCCUGCUAGAGAGAGUGAGGAGCAAGUCCCUGGAGGACGUGGUGAUCCUCAACGUGGACACCAACACGUGGGAGUCGCCGUUCCACGACCUGGACAGCCUUCCCAGCGACGUGGUCUCCGCCCUGAAGAGCAAGCUCAAGAAGCAGUCCACGGCCACGGGCGACGGCGUGGCCAGGGCCUUCCUGCGGGCGCAGGCCGCCCUGUUCGGCUGCUACCGGGACGCGCUGCGAUACAAGCCUGGGGAGCCCGUGAGCUUCUGCGAGGAGAGCUUCGUGAGGCACCGCUCCAGCCCCAUGAAGCAGUUCCUGGAGACGGCCGUGAACCUGCAGCUGUUCAAGCAGUUCAUCGACGGGCGGCUGGCGAAGCUCAAUGCGGGGAAGGGGUUCUCGGACGCCUUCGAGGAGGAGAUCACGUCGGGGGGCUUUUCGGGAGGGAGCCCGAGGUCCUAUCAGCAAUGGGUCCACACGGUCAAGAAAGGGGGCGCCCUGUUCAACUCGGCCGUGACCAAAGCCACCCCGGCGAUGCGGACGGCGUACAAAUAUGCCAAGAGCCACGCCAAGCAGGGCAUCAAGGAGGUGAAAAGCAAGCUCAGACACAAGGAGAAUGAGGAGGAGGACGGGAUCUCCUCCGGAUUCGUGCAGUACACCCCGGUCUACACCUCACACAACCACGGGGCCGGAAGCCCGGAAAAGCGCAGACUCACCCAGGCGCGCAUCCCCAGGCCCCUCAAGAGCCUCGGCGAUGACGGUGGGCCGGGCGAGGACCAGGAUGAGGACGCGGACCGCACCAGCAAGUUGUCCUCGGAGGAUGGGGAGGAGGCUGCGCCCGACUCCUACGAGAGCGAUGACUCUGCAGAGCCGCGGGGGAAGGCGCUGUACGCGGGGGAGAUGGAUCUGCUCGGCGAGAUCCUGGACACGCUGAGCACCCACAGCUCGGACCCGGGCACGCUGGCGGCCGCCAAGAGCCUGGACUUCUUCCGCUCCAUGGAUGACAUCGACUACACGGCCGCGAACAAGCCCAGCGCGCCGAGCGAGGACAACCUGGCUGCGCUCUGCGGCGGCUCCGGGGACCAGGGCGCCUGGCACCGCGGCCAGGACGACAGCGCCCUGCACGGCCGGCACCUGCCCCCGUCCCCCCGCAAGCGGGCGAGCUCCAGCUGCGCCCCGGGCCCCCCGCUCUGCAGCCUGAAGGAGGAGAACGGCGCCCGGUCCCCGGACGGGGGCCCCCGGAGCGGCCCCGCUGGGGCGGCCCCGCCUCCGCCGGCCUCCCCCUCGGAGCCGGCUGUCCCGCGGGCAACUCCUCCUCCGGACCCGGCCGUCCAGACGGGAGACGGGGCCUCGGACCGGGAGGAAACGCUCACCCAGGCCCCGGACACCGACCUGCAGGUGCCCAGCCUCCUGGGGCGCCGGCCGUCCUCCUCGGUCCCGUGGGAGAGGGACGGGACGGGCAUCCGGGAGGCUCCGUGUCCCGACACGGCGCCCGCCUCCCAGCCGGACGGGAACGUGGCCACCGGGGGAAGCAGGCGUGGGAACCAGGACUCCUUCUCCUCCUCCUGCUCCUCCUCCUCCGUUGAGAACUGA